AUGGCGGGCAAUCAUGAUGACGACGACAGAGCCUCAAUAGCAUCAUCAAGCUCUACAAGUAGCGAGGCCGAUGGGCGCCCGCAUUCGCCAACGUCGCUAUUCGAAGAUUCGCUCUUCUCGCUCUUCUCCCACCACCAACCCGCACACGGCGACCCUGGAGACACAUGCAAGUACACGCACCGUAAUCUUCCGCCUCGCUAUACUUCUUCGUCACGGCGCCCGGCAACACUCCGCUAUAAGAUUGCCGAAAACAGCGGCACCAACACCAAGCUCUUUGCCCACCAUCAAUGGGACGCCGGUCUAUACCUGGCCGAUCUUAUUGCAGAACAGAGCGUCGACCAUGACGCUUCGGACGUAGUGCUGGGCAAGCGGAGAGAGAAGACAUUCGUGGACGUGCGGGACAAGGCAGUGGUCGAGCUGGGCGCAGGAACGGGGCUGCCCGGGCUGGUAGCCUGUGUGAUGGGUGCAGACCGAACAGUGGUCACGGACUAUCCUGACCCGCACGUCAUUGACAAUCUCGAACGCAACCUCGACCUUGCCCUUCUACCACGGAAGAGCAGCAAGGAGAAAGACCCACAUCGGCACUAUCUGGAAGCGCGGAAGCGGGUGCAAGUACUCGGCCUUGGAUGGGGCAAUGCGGACGAGGAAGAGCGCGUCCUCACUGCCGCUUCGUCGUCCUCCAAUCCAGAUACGAAGGCAGGAUACGACCUCGUACUGGCCGCCGACGUACUCUGGGUGUCUUCCGCACAUCCUCUCCUGAUUCAUUCGAUACGAAAGCUGCUCAAGCGCGACCGAGAUGCGAGAUGUGUGCUCAUCGCAGGCUUCCACACGGGUCGUCCUGCAGUUCGGCGUUUCUUCUUCCAGCUCGCACAGCCCGCGGACCAACACGAUGCGUCGCUGAAAGAAGAGCGUAAAGCAGGCAUCCUCCCAGAUUGGCAAGAGACCGCAUUCGGUGGACUGUGGGAGCGCAACGUCGAAGGGGUCGAACGUGCGUGGGCCGGCGCAUCGAUGCCCAGCAAAGCGGUCUACGACGUAAAUGGAGCCGUCAAAGACGCCGAUGCAGGUCAAGAGGAAGAAGAGAUGGGUGACAUCAGCGGUCGUGGGAGCUGGGUGGUCGUUGCCUCAUUACGCUGGGCCGACUUGGACUAG